AUGGAAGUUGAAAUGAUUUCCAAAGAUUGCAUUAGGCCCUCUUCACCAACACCCUCUCACAUGAAAAACCACUACAACAAUUCUCUACUAGACCAAUUCAUGUCUUUUGCCUAUGUUCUUAUGAUCCUGUACUAUCCUAAAGAUCUUGCCUCCAAAAGAUCACUACUACUAAAACAAUCUUUAUCUGAAACCCUAUCACAAUUUUAUCCGCUUGCAGGAAAGCUUGGAAAUGAACUUUCCAUCAAAUGUAAUGAUGAAGGGGUGUUAUAUUUAGAGGCUAAAGCAAGCAUUACUCUUUCUGGAUAUCUCAAACAACCAGAUCUCACAUCAUUACAUAAAUUCUUCCCAAAUAAAUCUCCAUUGCAUGCACCAGCUCCAGGUUCUUAUGUUAAUAUGAUUCAAGAAACAACUUUUGCAUGUGGUGGCAUGACCAUUGAUAUAAAUGUUCUACACCUGGUCAUGGAUGGUUGUGCUUUAGCUUCAUUUCUAAAAGCUUGGGCUGGCACGGCAUAUGAAUCUAGUAAGAAAUACCCUAAUUUUGAUGGCUCAUCUAUUUUUCCAAAAUAUGAUGAUUUCCCACAAGAUGCCAAUAUUAUGGCUAUAUGGGGCCAUUUUAUCAGAGUCAAAAAAAUGAAUACAAGAAGUUUUGUAUUUAAUGUAUCUGUCAUUGCUAGUCUUAAAGAGAAAGUAAUCAGCUCAGGUGUGGAAAAUCCUAGUCGUGUUGAGGUGGUGUCUGCACUUCUUUCCAAAAAUCUCAUGGCUGCCUUCAGGUUCAAAUCUGGUAAAGAUCAGAAACCAUUUGCAAUAAAUCAUGCUGUAAAUGUAUGCCGAAGAAUGUUAUCACCAUUCUCAGAAUGUUCAAUGGGAAACUUUGUCUGCUUAGCACAUACAAUAUGCAGCCAAAAAGAAACACAACUAAGUAGCUUAGUAUGCCAACUGAAGGAAGCAAUUGUGAAGAUUGACAGCGCUUUUGUGAAGAACAUACAAGGUGAUGGAGGAAUCAUAAAGUUCUAUGAGAUAGCUAAAGAUAUAAAUGGUGCAUUUACCAGCCCGGCAUUCUCUAUUAGUGUGGACUACGUUAUGUUCACUAGUUGGUGUAGUUUUGGUCUUUAUGGGGUCGAUUUUGGAUGGGGAAAGCCUGUUUGGAUAACUUGUGCUGGUUCAUAUGGAAAUUUUGAAGCUCCUUUCAUGAUUUAUGUGGUUCUUAUGGAUGGAAGAAUAAACAAUGAAAUAGAAGCAUGGGUUGUUUUGGAUGAAGAAACGAUAGUUAUAUUAGAGAAAGAUGAGGAGCUUCUUGAAUAUGCUGCCCUUAAUCCAACUCCUUUAUAUUGA